AUGUUUAACAGAACUUUGCAGCUCAAAGAUGUGUAUAAUGGAGUUCCCUGUGAUUUUUCAUACAACAGGGAAUUCUUAAUUACAACAUCAGAAAACAAGUUCAUAGCCGAUUCCAAUUUUGGCGUGAUGGUAGAAACUACUUUCAGUAGUGACUUCACCAAGUUCAUGGACGAGAUUGAGACCAUUAAGAAGAUGAUAGACACUAUAGAGGAAGGAGCUCGAUCCAUAACUAAGUUGAUGCACCUGAACACGGAAGUUGUAACUGAAAAGCAGAGGACGGACAUCAGCACAAACAUGAACGCACUUAUCAAUAGAACCAACAUGGUGUGUACGCAGUGUAAAGAGUCCACAACCAGCCUUCAGAAGUUCCUCGACAAAGGAAGCAGUUCCACCGAAAACAGAAUGAGGGCAAACGCAUACAAUGUGGCAGUGAAGCACUUUAGAAACGCCCUGAAACGGUACCAAACGUCACAAAUAGAUUACAAGAAGUCUAUCACUGAUAAAUCAAAGAGACAGCUCCAUCUGAUAUAUCCAGAAAUGGACGAGGAGGAGCUGGAUAAACUCGCAAAUAAUCCGAACGCACAACAGACAGUAGAGCAAAUCGCACGUUCAAAUUUCCUAGGGAAUGUGUCCCUGAGGGACGCAGUUUCCAAUAUUCAGGGGAAAUAUAAUGACAUAUUGGCUCUAGAACAGAGCAUGGAACAACUGAAACAGAUGAUGGUUGAGCUGGCGGCAGUCGUCAGCUACCAGGGGGAGUUGAUCGACCAAAUUGAGCACAACGCACUCAAGGCGGUGGAUUACACGGGAAGGGCCAACGAGCAGCUGCAAAAGGCCCAGGAUAACAAGAAGAAGGGGAGCAAGCUCCUAACGUGGUUUACUGCAAUCGUGGUCCUCGUUGGACUUGGCAUCAUGAUUCCUAUACUCCUUAAGAUAACUUGA